AUGGCGUCUCGCGAUGAGUUGCCGGGACACUUUCGCGCGCUCGUGGACCUUCGAGGGAGCGAUGAGACGCACAGCGCGGAGACGAGCGGGCAGAUCGAGAAGGAUUUGCCUCGGGCGGGGGGCGCGUUUCGAAACGCGUUGGAUCUGCGACCUGGUGGGGGAGAUUACAAGGCGCUGAAACGUGUGUUGUUGGCGUUCGUGUCGCACUGUCCGAGGAUUGGGUACGUGCAGAGCAUGCACUCGAUCGCGGCGUUUUUGUUGCUCGCGGGGACGGGUGAGGAGGACGCGUUUUGGACGCUGACGACGCUAGUAUCGGAGAUCGUUCCGGGGUACUUCGACGAGGGCAUGACGGGGGCUAAACUCGAUCAGAGAGUCUUCGCUCGAGCGUUGAGGGAGCUGCUACCGGCGGUCGGGCUACACGUGGGGGCGAUAGGGCAGGACGACGUUGUUCCGGCGGUUGUUGGUGGCACAUGGCUGCUUUCAAUGUUUGUCAACGUUCUCCCGACGAGAGUGACGAUGGAGUUGUGGGACGAGAUGUUUCGGACGCGCCAUCGAGCACCACUUCUCGCGGCGUGCGUCGCACUGUGUGAGCUGGAGGCACAGGCGGUUCUCGCGACGACGGAGAUGGGCGAGGCGAUCGAGUUGCUACAGCGGUGCGGAGAGAGCUUUCGUUCGACGGUGGAAUCGACGUCGGAUAUCGAACCGUGUGACGACGCCAAGUGCGAGAAAUUCAUCGCGCGCGUUCAAGAGCUCUUAAAUGGUGAACUCUCGCCCGCGAAAGUGGAUCAGCGCACGUCGCGAGAGCGAGGGAGAUUUCGACGUCCAAGCGACAUCGACCUCCCGGCAGCGACUUCAAACUUUGCCGUGGUGACGGACGUCGAAGAGUUGUACGUCGGAUUACGAUCGAGCGAUUUACAAGCUAAGCUCUUGGAAUCGCGAGAUCGACGCGAAAACGGCGCCAGGGCAGGCGUGAGCCUAAACGAUGAGCUGGGGGUGAUCGAGCGUGCCCAUGAAUCGCGGGGUGGACAAAAGCGCGAUCAGAAUCCAAGCCUUGCUCCUCCGGAUUGGUGUCUGAGUAGUCAAGAGCUCGAUUCUGUAUCCGCUAAGAUAAUGGCGAUAGAGACACACGCGGGAUCGCUCGUGGAGCACGGAGAAGAGGUGAUCGAAAGCGCGAAAGAAAUCGCGCUACGUCCAGUGAAAUCCAUUUUGACUUCCAAGCUACAACAAAAGAGCAAGGAAAUCGUAGCGUUGUAUGGUGAGUUCGUGUCAGGAGUACAAGCUGUUGAUAAAACACUGGAAAUGAAGCCCGACCUUAGUGUCUUCAAUUCGGAAGGCAGUUAUCAGAAAUCGAUGUGGCACCUUUGGGUAGAUUCGUUGUUCGAGGCUACCAUUGAGCAGGCUGAAAUGCUCCUCGAACUCCUGCGGCAAAUUAGUUCUGAACUCUCUUGGAUCUUACAUGUGUACGUUGGAGAGAAGAAACCUAGUGAUGCGCGAACGGAGGGUUGGGAAGAUCUUGGUGAGUUCAACGAGCCCGAUGCUGAGCGUUUAAUGGCUUCUGUGCAGUCGCAUAAGAACGAGACAGAGAAUAGACUGAGUGAGAUCAGAGCCAUGAUUAAGCGAACACACGAAGAGGCGACGCAUGAUCUGCCAUUUUUUCGCAAGAACUUGACGAUGAUAACUUCGAAUCUGAAGAAGGAGCUUUUGGCGGAGGAGGAUGCUGUCAAUUUAUGGGCGUUGAGCGCAGAAAAUCGGAACGCAAUGAAAAGGCAGAUGGUAGAAGAUAAGCUUGGUAAAGCUUCACAAGAGUUGCUCGAAGUGUACACACGUCCAGGACAAAGUGAAGUGUACGAUAGUGAGACGCGUAGUACGAGCACGAGAGAUUACCUGGAGCAGUCUUACGUAGAUGAGGAAAAUCGCCUUCAGGAGGCUCUGCAAGCCGUGAAAAGGCUCGAAUCGACUUUGACUCGUCGAUCCAACGCUCUUGAGCGCGAGAGGCAAACGGCAGAGAGUGUUCGUGCGAUUUCGUCUCGCACUCUGUCUCAGACAAACGCCUCACUCCUGCUCGUCUACCAAGAUGGAGAGUGGUUGGAACACGAGCUUGUCACCCGGGCUUCAAAGGAGUAUCUCGAAGACUAUGAGCGAGUGGCGACGCUUGUCGAAGAGCUCAGCUCUUACUCUCGAACCGCAGCCGCGCGUAUUCUCAAAGAGUGGUGCACGUUCGUCGGCGAACUCACGAGUCAAGUCAUGCUCGAGUACGUGAGCGUCAUAGAUUCUUCUUCGCGGUCGAUUUCUGACACGCAGGCCGCGCUCGCCGCUAGCGUUGGUCAUCUUCACUCGGCAUCACCGCUCGCAUCACCGAUGGUUUCGAUGCGUGAGCUUCAUCCCUCACAAGCUUCGCCACCGAAUAACUCGAUUCGAUCGCUGACGAGCCAGAUGGAAAAGCUCACCGAUAUCGCGGGAACCAAGCUGACGAACUUUGUGGGUAAAAGUUUACGAAAGUUUUCAUCCUCGGAUCAGCAUCACGAGGGCGCGAGCGGUGGGGUAUCUACUCCGUCGGCCAGCACGGCGAAUGAUUUGGCGGGAUCACCAUCACUCUUGAUGUCGAGAGCUGCAAGACUGCAGGCCACCGCGAAAGAGGAUCACGCCAAACUUGAGUCGAGACGCGAAAAGCUUCUACAACAUAAGACGUGGUUACGAGAACGACUUGUCGCUCGAGGGGCGUGA